UCAUACUAAUUCCUUAUUUUAUAUAGUAUCUAAUUUGACUAUAUACAAUAUCUAUCAACAAUGAAUUUUGCUACGGUGACCUUUGUCUGCAGCCUGGUGUGCUCCAGCAUUAACUGCCAGGAUCCAUGGGGAGGCAGCGGCGUCUUUCCCGGAUUUCCGGGAUAUGGCGCCGGAUUUCCCAGUAGUGGAGGAUGUAAUGGGUUUGCCGGGAUGCUGUCCAAUCUCCUAGGGGGAAGCCGUUGUUGUAGUGGUGGGUGCGGAGGCGGUUCGCAGAUUAUUUACUAUCCUAUCCCACUCCCUCCAGGACCUAAUCCACCCACUCCACCCGUGACCUCGACUACUGCGCCAAUUCCAACUUGCACCGUAAGUACUAGCUCAAGUCCGUUUAGUCCUUGGAUGUGCGACCAGACCUUUAUCCCCGCCAUGAUAACGGGAUGUCCGGCUUCCCGCGUGACUUUUCAGCUCUCGGGAAUACCAUGUGCCUACCUUGAAAGCAGUGGCGCGAUACGUUUCAGUCCCCUUAACGGCGGCUGCGCUGUCGGACCCGGAUUCGUUUAUGUCGGUACCCUGACAGCAACAGACAUCGUCACAAAUGUGAUUUUAUCUGUCGGUCAAAUCCAGAUAAACACCGCAUCGUUGAGCUACUGCACUGCAACAACCACUGCGAUGACAACCUCGACCGCAACAACAUCCACCGGGACACCGCCUGUUUGCGAUGUCGCUUACAACCUUUCGACUUCACCAAGUAGCUCAUCAGAUUUCUUUCUGACCGACUGUCGGGAACAGUUUACUACUCCCCGUUAUAUGAACUGCCCCUUUUCGCGAUAUACCUACACACUGUUGGGCUUACCGUGUGCGGACCUGCACUCCGACGGCGCGCUUGCAGUGAACGUCAACAAUUCGGGGUGUAACGUCUAUCCUUAUUCAUACUACGGACAGAUGAUCAUCACAGACAAUGACAGCGGCAGACAGCUGGGGUACUAUUACAUAGCGAUGCACAUGAGUGGCCUGGCAUACUGCGUGACGCCAUAAUUCAGCAGAAUUAUCGCAAAGUAUCGUAGAGCGAGUAACCUACACUGUUACCGUAUUUUCUUCUGAUACCGAAAGUCGUCUAACUAUGGGAAAUAUUUGUUUCGGUUAUACGGUCGUACUGCACUUCGUGCAACGUAACUGCUGCUGUUUAAUAAUAUCGAAACUAAAAAAAUAUGCAAAUUGCAGCAAAAAGCACAUAA